AUGUCCUGCCCCGAGCGGCGCCGUCGUGCUAAUAACCCACCAGUCUUCUCUGCUCCUCCUCUCUUUUCGACACCGCCCAGCAUGGCAGACCUCCCCGAGCUAGAGUUCCUCGUGGACGCCUUCCCGCACUACCCGCGCCUGGAAUUGGCCUCGCGGCUUCUCUGCGCAGCGUCGCCGGAGGUGCUCUUCAACGAGCUAGCAGUGGAAAACUCCAGCACGUCCAAGAACAGCCAGCCAAGCGAGGCGGCCCGCGGCUUCCCGCCCGAGGUCACUGCGCUUGCCGAGCUCUUUCCCUCGGCACACAAAGACAGCCUCGCGGCCGCGCUCCAGCAAAACGGCGGGUGCAUGGACAAGACCAUCGAGGCGCUCUUGGAGCACCAGCCGGUCCACAGGUUGGCCGCCGUCAGCGGGCUCCCGGAGCCCGAGCUCCGGCCGUACGUGGCGCGGCACAAACACGACGUUCUCCGGGCCCUUGCCGACGUGAUUGCCCAGUACAGAAGGCGCACGCGGGUCCGCACGUCGCGAGUCCAGGCCCGCGCCGGCACGGCCCUGGCGGACCGCGACACGUACGUGCUCAACGAGCGCAGCGCCGCUUUUGUGCUGCUCUUGGAGAGCGUGUGGGCUGAGCCCGCGCUCCGCGGCAUCAACUUCGACUUUCUCCGCAAGCUGCUCGUGUUCUUCCAGGGAGACGUGUCACGUGUCUUGGACGUGGCCCGGCUCUACAUCGAGGCCGGCAGCCAGGCCGUGACUGCUUAUCACUCCACUGCUAAUUUCUCCACUGUUGAUGUCUCCACUGUUUAUCUCUCCACUGUUGGUUUCUUCCAUGCUGUGCCUUUGCUACAAGCUUGGAACAGCUUUCUCUUCAUGUGCCCCGGAAAUUGGCUGGUGGCCCUUGAGCAUGCCGAAAACAGUCCAGGGCCACCACACCACGCCUCCCAAUUGUCAUGUCCCUUAGCCUUCAAGACCGUUGCAGCAAAAGCCAGCACCGGGCCUUCCGUCAGAAAACGAUGGAACUACGAAAAGUAA